AUGGAGAACAGCCACUUCCCUUUGACUGAGGAUCAAAUUCAAUCCUAUAACGAGAAGGGCUACUUGGUUAUUCAGGGCUUCUUCAACGCUCCAGAAACCAAGCUUCUCCAGCAAUGGACUCAGGAAGUCCAUGACCUGCCCCGCACUCCAGAUGCAUCAUACAUGCCAUACGAGGAGGUAAAUGCACAAGGCAAGCGGGUCCUCUGCCGUACAGAGAACUACGCCAAUACCCAUACUGGCUUUAACAGCUUCCUUCGGGGCCAGCGCAUGUUGAGCGUCCUUGAACAGCUGGCGACCGAGCCUAUGCUACUUUUCAAAGAAAAGAUCAACUACAAACUCGCCGGCAGCGGGCUUCUUUGGCAUCUAAGGCUAAUCGUUAACCCACCCCACUCAGGUGGCUUUUCUCCUCACAUCGAUGCCAACGCCUAUACCCAUGUCAAGAACAUCAAGCAUUUGACUGUCCUUGCGGCGGUGGACGAUAUGACCCCCGAAAACGGGGGCUUGGAUGUUGUAGACGGCAGUCAUCGUACAGAGAUCAAACUGGGAGAAGAUCGCUGUAUUGACCCUGCUUGGGUCGAAAGCCAAAAGUGGACUCCUUGCUGCCUUCGCCCAGGCGACAUUAUGGUGUUCGGAUCCUAUCUCGCCCACCGCAGUGGUGCUAAUACAAGCUCUAAAGACCGCCGUGCGAUCUAUGCCACAUACAAUUGCAAGGCGGAAGGCGAUCUCCACGACUCAUAUUACGAAGACCGAAGAAAGCUUUGGCCCGCUACUCACAUGCGGAAGGAAGGAGAGAACUACGAAGAGGGACGACUUCGGUAUGGGUAUGGUUCUCCCAUGCUGACUAUUGAAGGCCAACCACAACCGGUAGCGUAGACAAUUGUGAAAUACACUCCGUACUUGGGGAGUACAAUAUAGUUGGGGUGGUACCAGUGUAAAUAAUCUUGAAGUCUAUAAGGCCAGGGGGCAAACUAGUGAGGAUAGCAUUCUUGCAUGAAGGUAAUAGAGACAUGGAAUUGAUAGGAUAGAUUCUGCAUCCUCCCACCAUAAGUGAUAUAAGAGAAUAGCAGUCUAAUUUUCAACGCCAUUCCCUGGCAAAAACCAAUUAAACCAGAGAAAGGAAUGUCUAGUACGAGUAGUGCCCAUUUUCAAAUCAAUGCCACACGUGGGGUUAACAUUUUGUCAUUUUGGACUAUUUAACGCUAUCAUCCCCUCUUUCUCUCAAUCCUCCCGACCUUCU